AUCAUGGCGCCGGAAGAAGAGGAGAGUGAGCACUGAGCAGUACAGACUUGUCAAAGGAUGGAUUCUUGGAUCGGUCGAUACAGACGUGCUUGACCAAUUGAAACUUCAAGGGACGUAUGGCGAAGAAGAAGAAGAAGAUUCUGACGAUGAAGAUUACGACAAAUAUUUGCCACUAUACAAAGCAGCAAUGAGAGGGGAUUGGGAGACUGCAAAUAAAUUCUUCCAAGAUAAAAACGUCUUGAGCACCACCAUCGUCUCUUUAUGUUCCGAAACAGUUCUCCACAUAGCCGUAAUAACAGGAAAAGCAAAUGAUUUGGUGAAAAAGUUGGUGGAAGUGAUGCCAUUAGAGGCACUUGCCCUCAAAGAUUGCACUGGGGAAACCGCUUUGCACAAUGCUGCCACAGUUGGAAAUGCAACAGCAGCAUCUGCUUUGGUUAGCAAAAAUCCAGAUUUGCUGUAUAUUUUCAACGAUGAAAACGACUUGCCAGUGAUCCAAGCAGCCAGAUGUUGCCAUAAAGAAACGCUACAGUAUAUGAUAUCCGAGCACGAGGACAAAUCCGACCAUCGUCCGCCUCUUAAAAACAAUAAUAGCAUCCGAAUACGUCGAGAUUGCAUUGUUUUUGGCUCACAAAUACCCAAAUUUAACUAUGGGAAAGGAUGAUAUGGGUGAUUCCGCACUAUUAGCAAUUGCUUCAACCACCACCUUAUUCCCAAGGACAGAUGCUUUCACCUGGUGGCAUAACUUUAUUUACCAUCGUAUUCCUGUAAAAAUUAUUCCUGAAGUGGAUGCUAGUCACACAACACAUGACAUUGAAAAUUUAAAUAGCCAUGUCGCUGUUCAAAGGAACUACUCCACCUCAAUUCACAUUAUCUCUCUAGGAAAGUUUCAUAUCUCAGUUCCAUUAUAUACAACGUUCAAACUUAAAAAAAUUUGAAAUUUUUAUACUUGUGACAUAAAUCUAAUUUCAUUGUCGGGCUAAUUUACA